UUUGAAGCCACCUGUAGCGGAUCUCUAUCCUCCAAAGGAAAUAAACCUCCGAAAGCCACCGAGUUAACGGAACUAAAGCUCUUGACACGGAAGACGUCUUCUGUUUUCGUUUUUUUUUUUGCAUUAUCAAGUAACUUUUAUUAUUAUUAUUAUUUGUAUGAACGACAUUUAAAUAGAGAACUAUGUUACUGACGCAUCGACUAUUCCUAUUAAUAUUAAUCUCGACUUCAGCUGUAAUAAGCACACCAGGUUCAUCUAGCACAGAUUCAACCGAUAAUGCGACAGACAGCCCAAUCAAUGCUACCUCUACUACUACUGUUGCAGUAACAAGCAUUCCAUCUGAGAAUACAACUGCACCAUCCACAAACAAUGCCACCACCCCACUGCUGUCAAUGCAUGCUGGUAAUGUCACAUCUCCACCUUUAUCUACUCAAGGCAACGUGACAAGCUCGUCUACAGUUGCACCAGAAAAUGCUACCAGUUCAUCAGUGAGUACACCAGGAAAUGCCACAGCUUCACCUGCACCUGUAACAACAGCAGCAGCCAACUCCACAAGUCCACUUGUACCUACACCGGAGAAUGCUACAAACCAUCCUGUAACUUCACCAGGCAACGCCACAACUACUCCUUUACCUGAGCCAGGCAACAGCACAACCCUACCCCAAACUACAAGAGGCAAUGACACUACUUCUCCCAUUAGCACACCAAGCAACAGCACAGCUUCACCAAUUACAACACCAAGCAAUGUCACAAUUACAACACAGACUACAUCAGGUAGUGCUACAACAGCAAACAAUGCAACAACUCCACCCUUAACCACAGAUAUUUCAAAUCUAACUACACCAGGGAAUAAUGCAACAGUAAAUGUUACCAUACCACCCCUAACUACACCAAUAAAUGCUACUGCACCACCUCCAACGACACCAGUAAAUGCUACUGCACCACCUCCAACUACACCAGGGAACAAUGCAACAGUAACUGCAACCACACCACCCAUCACUACUCCAGUAAAUGCAACUACACCACCUUCAAAUACAGCAGGGAACAAUGCAACAGUAAACGCUACCACACCACCCAUAACUACACCAGUAAAUGCUACCACACCACCUCUAACUACACCUGGGAAUAAUACAAUAGUAAAUGUUACCACACCACCAAUGACUACACCAGUAAAUGUUACUAUGCCACCUUUAACUACACCAGAGAAUAAUGCAACAGCACAUGCUACCACACCACCCAUCACUACUCCAGUAAAUGCUACUACACCAUCCCUAACUACACCAGGAAACACUACAACAGGGAAUGCCACCACACCACCAGUAAAUGCUACAACACCACCCUUAACAACACCAGGGAACAAUGCAACAGUACACACUACCACACAACCCAUAACUACACCAGCAAAUGCUACCACUCCACCUCUAACUACACCAGGAAACAAUGCAACAGGGAAUGCCACCACACCACCCAUCACUACACCAGUAAAUGCUACAACACCACCCCUAACUACACCAGGGAACAAUGCAACAGUAAACGCUACCACACCACCCAUAGCUACACCAGGAAAUACUACAACAGGGAAUGCUACGCCACCACCUCAGUCUACACCAGGAAAUGCUACUACACCACCCAUAACCAACUCAACGACUGGACCCACUGUUUCUACUACUAACCCAACUAACACUACAACCACGCCAGCUACCUGUCCUGCAGUGCCCUGCCCACCACUCAGUGCCUGUGUGAACUCCAUCUGUCAGUGUGUGACAGGAACUAUUCCUUUAAAUAAUGCCUGUGUGGAAACUAAAACCUUCUCUAGUACACUGCGGGUGAACCGCACUUUUGAAGAGGCUAUGAACAAUCCACAAUCACCUGAAUUCCAGAAAACUGCUAAAGAGAUCAUUGCUGCGGUAAAUGAAGCUCUGCGUAAUCAGCCAAACUACAUUAACAGCACAGUAAUUAGGUUGAUGUCUGGCAGUAUAGUGGCCACAGUAAACAGUUUUUUUGAGCCCAAUUCUCCAGUCACACAGGAAUUGGUUACAUCUGCCAUGAAUGCUGCUAUAAGUGAUUGUGAGAAGACAAACUGUGGCAUUCUUGCUAAUGCUCAAUACACUGCAACCAAUCUGUGUGAGCAAGAUCCUCCUCCUUGUGAUUUUAACACUACAUUGUGUGAGGCCAAAGAUGGGACAACUGAUUGUAUCUGCAAACCUGGCCAUAUAUCUAGUCUUUACCAGACCAGAAGCUGUAGAGUUUGCCCUAGUGGCUACAAAGCGCAGGCGGACACGUGUGUUCGAUGUCCAUUUGGCUAUUCUGGAUUUAACUGUGAUGACUCCUCUUUGUUGGCUCUAGUGGUGGUGGCGUGUGUGUUAGGGGGAAUUCUGCUCAUUGUGAUUUUGGCUGUACUCAUCUACAUCUGUGUGACUCGUAGCAAGAAGAAGUCAAGCAGCAAUUAUUACAACAGCCCGUACCCUGCUGAGGAGUUCCAGACCACGUGGCCCUCUCAGGACAUCGCCCAUAUUCCACGAGCUACUGUGACAUCUAGUUCCAGCAUUGAUGCCACUGGCAACAGUCUAGAGAUGUCUGAAGGGCCAGGCAAGAAAGGCCACAGUAAUGGAUUGUCGGGCUCGUAUGACCUCAGAACAGAUGGCAUGAGGACCUUUAAAGACAUAAACCCCACACGCUACUCUUAUCUGGUGGGUCAUGAAAACCCCUACUUCAUACAAGGAGAUGAGAAGAAAUGAGGAAAACAGCAGAGAAAGCCAGUGGACAAGAAAAGAGUGCAAUAGCGACAUGGAUUAUAAAAAAGACCUUGGAUCAAAAUGUUUCAGGAACGUUAACACUGUCAGAACCAUACAGCUGAUCACAGACUCAAAGUAUAUACACAAACAGAAUUUGAGAGAUACAUUUAUAUAUAUAUAUAUAUAUAUAUAUAUAUAUACAAAUUUUACAGUUUUUAUUCCAAAUCCCUUUCACCCAGGAUAAAAUGCUCUUUUCUUAAAAGUGCAUUGAUGAUUGGGUUUCUUCUACCACAAGCUUGAUAAACGUGUCCUGUGUAUGACAAUGUGAGAUGAAUGCUUAACCACUCAUCUGUUGAUAUCUGUAUUUUUUGUCACUUCUUAUGUUUUGUCUGCACAUUUCAUAUUCAGAGUUUUGUUAUCUGACAGAGAUCAUGCAUAUGUUACUGUGGUUUUCAACUCAAAAUACGUUAUUAUAAAGGAUGUAACAUUAAACCAUAUUUUGGCAUAUUUUAUUUAAAUCUCUCAUCUGUGGAAGCGAUAAGGGCAGAAUAUCCAGUAGUUCUGAUGCAUCGAAUCUAUAUUCUGACAGUAACUGCACUUUGUAGGAGAGAGCAUGUCUUGUGUCUAUGUGUGUGUGUGUGUGUUUUAAGUUUUAUCUAUCACAAAGACAGAACUGGUACAUUCAGUUAUGAAUUUUUGGUUGAUAUCUCCUCCAAAGAAUUAAUUUAUUUUAUGCCAGGACAAUGCAUGCCACCAGAAAUUGAUCUCUGUGCCUGACUGUGAUGUUGUCUUUUGAAUAGGAGAAUUAUGCAAUGACGAGGAGUUAACAACCAUGUCUCCUCUGUAGUCGUGCCAAUAAUUAUAUUUAUUUAAAUCAGAACAUGACAUUGUUUACUCAGCUGUCUGUUUGCUGCAUAUAUAUGCUUAUUUAUGUGUAACUGGGAUAUUUUCUAUCUGUACAUAAAGCUUUUGUAAAAAAAAAAAAAAAAAAAAGCUCCUUGUAUAAAGUGAUUCAUCUUGUUCUGUAUAAUGAAAGGAAAUAAAUUAAUAAUAAAGAUGUAGUUAUCUA